AUGAUGGUUUCUGAGAAGAAUAAGAGAGAUAAGAAGAGGAACAAUAGAUGUAAGCUUCCUCCUGGUUCCAUGGGAUUGCCUUACUUAGGAGAGACUCUACAACUUUAUUCACAAGACCCCAAUAUUUUCUUCACCUCCAAGAAAAAGCGAUAUGGAGAGAUAUUCAAAACGCGAAUCCUCGGCUAUCCUUGCGUGAUGCUGGCUAGUCCCGAAGCCGCGAGGUUUGUCUUGGUGACUCAGGCCCAUUUGUUCAAACCAACCUAUCCGAGAAGCAAAGAGAAGCUAAUUGGACCCUCUGCUCUAUUUUUCCACCAAGGAGACUAUCAUGACCAUAUAAGGAAACUUGUUCAAUCCUCUUUAUACCCUGAAACCAUCCGUAAACUCAUCCCCGAUAUCGAACACAUUGCUCUUUCUUCUUUACAAUCUUGGACCACUAUGCGUAUUGUCUCUACCUACCAAGAAAUGAAGAAGUUCGCUUUUGAUGUGGGUAUUCUAGCCAUAUUUGGACAUUUGGAAUGUUCUUACAAGGAGAUCCUGAAACAUAACUACAAUAUCGUGGACAAAGGCUACAACUCUUUCCCCAUGAGCCUCCCUGGAACAUCUUAUCACAAAGCUCUCAUGGCGAGGAAUCGUCUAAAGACAAUAGUAAGCGAGAUAGUACGCGAAAGAAGAGAGAAAAGGGUCUUGAAAAUGGACUUUCUUGGUCAUCUCCUCAACUUCAAGGACGAUAAAGAUCGUGUGCUAACCCAAGAACAGAUUGCGGACAACAUCAUCGGAGUCCUUUUCGCCGCGCAAGACACGACAGCUAGUUGCCUAACUUGGAUUCUCAAGUACUUACACGAUGAUCAGAAGCUUCUAGAAGCUGUUAAGGAUGAGCAAAGGGCUAUAUAUGAAGAAAAUAGUAGAGAUAAGAAGCCUUUAACAUGGGGACAAACGAGGAAUAUGCCACUAACACAUAGGGUUAUAGUUGAGAGCUUGAGGAUGGCAAGCAUCAUAUCCUUCACAUUCAGAGAAGCAGUGGUUGAUGUUGAAUAUAAGGGAUAUUUGAUACCCAAGGGAUGGAAAGUGAUGCCACUGUUUCGGAAUAUUCAUCACAAUCCGAAAUAUUUUUCACAGCCUGAGGUUUUCGAUCCAUCUAGAUUUGAGGUAAAUCCGAAGCCAAAUACAUUCAUGCCCUUUGGAAGUGGAGUUCAUGCUUGUCCCGGGAACGAACUCGCCAAGUUACAGAUUCUUAUCUUUCUCCACCAUCUAGUUUCCAAAUUUCGAUGGGAAGUUGUGGGACGAGAGAAGGGAAUAGAGUAUGGUCCAUUUCCAAUCCCUCAAAAUGGUCUUCCCGCUACAUUUCGACAUUCUCUUUAG